UUAAGGCCGCAGACCUUGCGACGAUCAUCGACUACAUUCGAUUCAAAGAGGACAUAUUGUCUGUCCACACCACAGGCAACGCUCCUGAUGUGGCGCACUCGAGGGCAGGAGAAAGCGCGGACAGCAAAUUCCCAAUGCCUAGUGAUAUGGACACAACGGGGCUCAUUCUCCUAGAAGAGAAUGAUCUGCGAUUUCCUCACUUUACCAAUGAGGACGCUUAUACGCUCGGACAACACAUGCGCAAGCGAUUUAAAGCAUCGAACCGAUACGCCAAAGGCAAUGGAGUUGCGAUCGCUAUCAAAAGCGUCGCCGGUCAUGUCCUUUAUGCCUGCACUGUGGGUGACAGUGGAGACGUGACCCUGGAGUCUUGGAACUGCAUAGAUGGCAUGAUCGCUACUGUUGUCAAAACAGGCCAUAGUUCUUAUUACAUUGAGAAAAAACUGGCUGAUCACGGCAGACGACCUGAACAAUUAGGCUACAGAAUGAUGAGAAGCAUUACAUCCCCAGAACUCUGA